UUUAUUUCCUGGUUCCGCAAGGGAGGAAUAUAUAAACCUUGACGAUACUCAGGAGAAUGGAGUGAGAUAUUGAGUGACGCUAGAGAAGAGACCUGUUGAGAAGCCAAAGUACAGUAGGACACGAUGUUGCUGAAAAGAUGUUCGUUCAUUCUUCUAGCACUUUCGCUAUACACAGCAGACGUUUUAGGAAGAACGAGUAAUCACGCUCGUAUUUUGUGCACACGCAAGCGUCGAGACCUACAGGGCCUUAGCUUUCAUGAACGUCUGAAGCGCUGCUCAGGAGGCGGCGGCGGCGGCAUUGAAACCAUCACAGUGGUCGGUCAGCGAAUCAGCGAUCCGUUUGUGACUGUCAUUAGGGGGGACGCCAUCAGAGGAUUUCUGGACAGUUUUGCUGGACAGGGGGUGAUCACCCACGAAGGUGGAUUUGGGGGUGGACCUAGCAACCAGCAGCAACAGGAUAAAGACUGUCAUGGGGACGUGGGUAAAGUCGACACCAAAGGAGCGUCUUCCAAAACAGCGGGUCAGGACGCCAAUGCAAAAGGACUUACUGGCGUGGCGGCCUCGAACAAACUGGCGCAGAACGACCUCAACAGACUGAAGCAAUUUAAAGAAAAGAUCAACCAAGUGUCUAAAGAGACGGGAAUGGAUGCUGCCAUCAUUGCUGCCAUCAUCUCGCGAGAAUCUCGUGGCGGUGCUGCUCUGGACUCCAAUCACCAUGGUGAUAACGGGAACGGCUUUGGGUUGAUGCAAAUUGAUAAAAGAUUCCACACUACUCAGGGUGCUUGGAACAGUGCGGAACAUAUCAAACAAGGAGUGGGGAUUUUACAAGGAAUGAUCAAUGGCGUCCGAGAUUGCCACCCCUCAUGGAGUGACGAACAAGUUCUAAAGGGCGGCAUAUCCGCCUACAACGCGGGCGUGCGUAAUGUCCGAAAUUACGACCGAAUGGAUGUGGGAACAACGGGAGAUGACUACGCUAAUGACGUCAUCGCACGUGCUCAAUACUUGAAGCAGAAAGGGUUCGAUGACCCCAAGGAUCAGAAGUGCCAAGGCGGCUCCAGGAGAAGGCGGGGCACCUGUCCUUACAGCUGGUUCAAUCCCAAUGAAACCAGACCGGUAACUUCAGGUUCGUCAGGGGGCGCUAGUAGCCGAGGCGGGUCCGGCUCAACAGGUGGCAGCAGCAGUCGAGGAAGCUCAAGUCGACACGAGCCAAUCUUUACGCCAAGAUGUGUGAGAGGGAGAUGUACGCAGAUCCCAUAAAAAAUUCAAAACAAAAUCUUAAGAAUAUCUGGUUGACAAUAUUAAGACACAUACUUCCAUUAAGUUUCCCUGUACAUACAUGUAGUAUUAGAAGUUAGUGGAUGUGUGCACUCCAAACGUUUAUUAUGUCGAGGUCAGCACAUCAUAUUUUGUAUAAUGUGAAUAGAAUAUAUUUGUUAUAUAAAUAAUCUUACUUAAAAGUCUUUUUAAUUUUAAAAUUAUACAUAUUUCCUCUGACAUUGAACAAAUACGGAAUGAAGUUACAACUAUGGGAAUAAUUAAAAUAAAAAGAUUUAUUAAUUUCAUUUCAUAUCUACAUAUUGUACUAGUUAUUGAAGAUCUCUGUAGUGGUAACAAUGAAAUAUAAAACCCAUUCUGACGACAAAGAUGUAUAGAAAUAAAAUAUCAUUACGGAA